CAAAAAUCUGUUUCAUACUAGGAAAUCGAGCAGGUAUGGUAUUAGAUGGUUCACCAACAGUGUCUUCUUAAUGCUCAAUUGGCGAUGUUCAUCUCCACUGCCAGUUAUCUUGAUACCUUCGGAUGUAUUUACUUCAUGGACGUGAUGGCACCAGAUGGCGACCAGUGUCUUCGACCCAGUAGCCAUCAGCCUGUUCGACGCUUAAAACGACGCCUGGUGACGAGAGUACAGAAUACCCAGGAGAGGCAGCACCUCGACUGUAUCCAACAGCAGCAGUCUUGUGGUAGAAGCGAGAUGGUGCAGACUUCUGUUUCCCCUGUCUUGCUGCAUGUAAACCAAGAAGAGAUAGAGCCCGCCAACUUCCUCUACGUUAUGGUAAGAUUGUCUUGUUCUGAAUUCCUUUAAAUAACGA